AUGGGUAUUUUCAGAAAAAAAGGGUACGUGAGAAGUGAGAGCGAGCCCACCUUGUAUGUGAAAAAGGAAGGUAAUGAUUUCAUCAUAUUCUGUCUUUAUGUUGAUGAUAUCAUUUAUACUAGUUCUUCUACCUUUCUUGUGGAUAAGUUUAAAUCUCAAAUGAUGAAUGAAUUUGAGAUGUCGAAUAUGGGUCUACUGCAUUAUUUCCUUGGUCUUGAAGUUCAUCAGGCUGAAGAUGGUAUUUUUAUCUCACAAAGAAAAUAUACCAAUGACCUUCUUAGUAAGUUUGGCAUGCUUAAUUGCAAGUCUGCAACUACACCCAUGAAUAUCAAUGAGAAAUUGCAGCAAGAAGAUAAAGGAGAAAUGGAAAAUGCAAAAAGGUUUAGAAACUUGGUAGGUGGUUUAAUUUACUUGACGCACACCAGGCCCGAUAUUGCAUUCCCUGUUAGUGUUAUUUCCAGGUUUAUGCAACAACCUUCAACAGUUCAUUAUGGAGCAGCAAAAAGAGUCUUGCGUUAUAUUGCAGGAACUUUGGAGUAUGGCAUUUGGUACUCCAAAACUUCAAAUUUCAGAUUGUGUGGGUUCACAGACAGUGAUUGGGCAAGUUCGUUGGAUGAUAGAUGA